AUGGUUUCUCCAGCAUAUGCCGAGCCUGUAGAAAUCAGACGUGGAAAAAAAAUCAACUCACCGAACCGUAAUGGAGCACAAGAUAUUGGACUUAGUCCAAGUUCAUUUAACCGUCAAAAUAAUAUAAAUCGUUUGGCAGCUUCUCCCCCAUUAGCUCAGUCAUACUCGCAGCUCUCAAAGUCUCAACCUUAUUCUGGACAGAAUGCACUAGACAGUCAUCUUAGCAGUUCUGGAAAAUUUCCUGUUACGGAUUCUUCUGGAUCCUUUAACCAGACACCGGAAACUUUUGCUAUUGAUAUUCCCAAACAAAGGCAAGCCGAAAUUGUCAAAAAGCAUCUCGUCACCGAGGAUGAUCUUGCUGGUAAUUCUGAACAUUAUGGAAGUUCAGGGAACAAUCAUGCACUUUAUUCUACUUCACAUAAAUUACCUGGAGGUGAUGCAACUCAUGAGGUUUAUAAAUGGCAUGCAGAGAUAGAAAAUGCCCCCAUGAAGCGUACCCGUUCACAUUCCUUACAUUUGCCACGACCUACUGAUCCAGAUACUUCCAAUAUCAGGGAGCCGGGAGGCUUCCGUCGCCACCAUGUUAUAAUGAAAGCAAGACAAGCUGGCAAAGAGCCACCGAAUAUAAUCACUCGAAAUUUCAUUGAUUUCUUAACAAUGUAUGGUCAUUUCGCUGAAGCAACUCCUUUGAUUCCAAGAGAAAGAGCUACUGAAGGAGGCACUGCAACUCCUUCCAAAGCCGUGUUUUUGCUUUUAAAAUCCUUUGUUGGAACUGGUGUUAUGUUCUUGCCAAAAGCAUUUUGUAAUGGUGGUAUGGUUUUUUCUUCUGUCGUUUUGGUUUUUAUAGGUUUAAUAUCUUUAGUCUCUUUCCUGCUACUGGUACAGACGCGAUUACACGUUCCAUAUGGUUUUGGUGGUAUUGGUGGGGUUUUAUAUGGUAAUUGGAUGAGGUUGGCAGUGUUAUUUUCCAUCACUAUUUCUCAGAUUGGAUUCGUGUGUGCUUAUAUGAUUUUCGUCGCUAAAAAUCUCAAGUCAGUCGCGGAACAAGUUAUGGGUAUCAGAACAGAUUUAUAUAUGUAUAUUAUUGGACAAUUAUUUGUUUUUGUGCCACUCGCGAUGAUUCGACGUAUAUCAAGACUUUCUUUUACUGCAUUAAUUGCAGAUGCUUUUAUUAUGUUUGGUCUUUUAUAUUUAUAUUAUUUUGAUAUAAGUAAAUUGGUAAAAGAUGGAGUAAGUGAUAUUAAACCAUUUAAUCCUGAAGAUUUUGCGUUAUUUAUUGGCACCGCUGUUUUUACUUUUGAGGGAAUUGGAUUGAUUAUUCCCAUUACUGAAUCUAUGAAAGAGCCCGAGAGAUUCCCUGGUGUAUUAACAGGCGUGAUGGUUUUCAUUACUGUUCUUUUCACGUCAAUGGGAGCUUUGUCAUAUGCUACAUUUGGCAGUGCUAUUGAGACGGUAGUGAUUAUCAAUUUACCAUCUGAUGAUCCAAUUGUUCAGACAGUUCAGUUCCUAUAUGCUUUAGCCAUUUUAUUAUCAAUUCCGCUUCAAUUAUUUCCAGCAAUUAGAAUUAUGGAACAAGGAUUAUUUGAAAAAAGUGGCAAACAUGACCCUUAUGUUAAAUGGCAAAAGAACAUUUUCCGUUUCCUAACAGUUGUUGCUUGUGCUUUAAUUUCUUGGGGCGGCGCUAGUGAUUUAGAUAAAUUUGUUUCAUUAAUAGGAUCAUUCGCAUGUGUACCAUUAUGUUUCUUAUAUCCACCUCUUUUCCAUUAUAAAGCGGCUGCUCGUUCUUUUGGUGCCAAAUCAUUAGACGUUUUUAUAUUUAUGUUUGGUGUUUUUUCGUUAUUUUAUACCACUUACAUAACUAUUCGCAAGUGGGGUGAAAAUGAAUAG